AUGGUAGCAUUAAUUAUAGAUGUGUUGCUGUUGUUGUUUAAUAUUUUCAAAUUAACUGAAACAAAUGAAGUUGAAUUAAGACGACUUUUGUUUCAAGCAACAUCUUAUGAUAGAAAAGUUUGUCCAGUACGUUAUCCAACAGAUGUGACAAAUGUUCAUGUGAAUUUAAUUCUAUUACAAAUUGAAAGUGUCAAUGAAAAAGCACAGUUUGUUACCAGUAAUAUUCAAUUGAUCUGUGCAUGGUGCGAUCCAUGGAUGACAUGGAAUCCGGCUAAAUACAAUAAUAUAACAGAAUUAUCUGUCUCUCACAAUUAUUUAUGGAUACCCGAUGUUAUUCUCGUCAAUAGUGCCGAGACAAAAUAUUCGGGAAAUCGAGAACAUUACGCAUUGAUAUUGAGACAUGAUGGUUACGUGAGAUUUAUGUUUCAAGAUUUAUGGAAGAGUAUGUGUAAAAUUCGUGCAAAAUAUUUUCCAUUUGAUCGUCAGAUGUGUACAAUCAUUAUUCGCAGUGGAGCUCGUGAUAAAUCAUCAAUUAAAUUUUAUCAACGCCGUCUAAUUCAACGUCAUCAAUUUAUUCGUGGUGAAUGGGAUCUUCAAGCAUCAUACACAGAAUUAUUUGAAGAAAAAAUUUCGGAACAUAUGUCCAAUUUUAGUAUGGUGCGUUUCACAUUGAUACUUGCACGAAAUCGCUUGUAUUAUGUCAUAAAAAUAAUUCUACCAUUUUCACUCGUCUCAUGUGUAACCUUGUUCACAUUUCUUCUACCACCACAAACGGGUGAAAAAUUAACGUUGAAUGUUACGAUUCUUCUUUCACUCGUCAUUUAUUUGCAAUUAUUAUCACAAUACAUACCAAAAUCAGAAGAUGAAACACCAUUAUUAACAAUGUUUUGUAAUGCUAACUUCUUUCUUGUUUUUGUCUCAUGUAUAAUGACCGUAUACGUGCUUUUUCUAUAUCAUAGACCAUCGUCAGAUAUCCAUUGUGUACCGUUACUCGUACGACGGAUAGUAUUAGAUUAUCUAGCACCUAUUGUUUAUUGUGAUUGUUCGAAAUUAAAACGAUCUACGAAUAAAACAAAACAUCGAACAGCGACAACAUCAUCGUUACUCGCUGAUAGUGAUCAACUUUGUCUAAUUGAACGAUAUGUUAGUUGUCUAUUAGCAUCGUCAAACAAAAAUUAUACUGCAGAAAUCCAAACAACAGAGAAUAUUUCAUCAUCAUUAGAUGAACAAGGUGUAAACCUAUUAAAAUGUUUAUAUGUUAUUAAGGCCUAUAUUCGACACAAAUGGGCGAACGUCAUCACCAGUUCAGAUCUUGAGUUGAAUGUCACCAGUGAUACGAGUGAUAUGAAACAACAGCGUCUAGAUGAAUGGCAACAAGUUGCGUUGGUAUUAGAUCGAUUAUUCUUUCUCAUAUUUAUUAUAUCGAUGCCAUGUACAGCUUUACUCUUUCUAACUACACGUUUCUCAUCCCUUGGAAAUGAUUUUAAAUCAGAAUAUACCACACAUGAAACAGAAGAUGCAAAAUGCAAUAUGUCGUAUAACCUCGCAGCAUGGUCUUGA